UAGUGGAGAAAGAGGGGCUUAGAUCCUUUAACCUUACUAUCUUCCUUUUACACAGAUCCUUCGCAUUUUCUUUUACUGAUUUAUCUCAUUACUCUUCUUCUCGGCUUCAUGGAGUGUUGAUUUUUCGCUCUCUUUACGAGUGUGAUGGAUUCAGAAAAUAAUUUGUCUUCGUUUGGGCACGAAGCUGCCCAGCAAAAUGGUGUUCAUCCGCAACUUUGGGUGCCUGGGGAUGGUAGUGGUUCAGAUAAUGUGGCUGGGAAUGUUGAGGAAACCAAUGAAAUUUAUUUGCAGAAUGGCGUGGAUGACAAUGGAGCAACCGAGGAAGCUACAGAACGAUCCAAUGACUUGGUGGAAAGCAGAGGAUUGGUUGAUUCUGAGGAAGGAGAAAUAAAGGAUAAUAUGAAGCAAUCCAAACCUCAGAAGGUUCAAGGAAAGACCAAGAAUGAGAAGCCACUGGGUCCCAAAAAUGUUCAUUCAACUUUGGUCAAGAAAAACAAAGAUGGAAAAAGUACAGAGGUGACAUUAACAUCUUCAAAUGGGGGUUCUGUUUCUACAAAUUCAGGUCCUAAACUGCCUCUUAAAAAUAGACCAUUUAAUGAAAGACAAGCCAAGGCAUCUAAGCAGUCUAAAAUCUCUGAUGCAGCCUUCUCUGAAGGAACUAUGGAGAGAUCCAAGCUGAAACCUCUCAAGAAUGGGCCUAUUACUAAAUAUGAAGCAGGCUCAGAGUCCUCAAGUCCCACUUCAACUGAUUCCAAACCUCAUAGGGUUGGUACUCUUCCAAAUUAUGGUUUCAGUUUCAAGUGUGACGAACGGGCUGAGAAAAGGAAAGAGUUCUACACUAAACUUGAGGAAAAGAUUCAUGCAAGGGAGGUAGAAAAGAGCAACUUGCAAGCUAAGUCCAAGGAAACUCAUGAAGCCGAGAUUAAAACGUUUAGGAAGAGUUUGAACUUUAAAGCAACUCCAUUGCCAAGCUUCUAUCAGGAACCUCCACCUCCUAAGGUGGAAUUAAAGAAGAUACCAUCAACAAGAGCUAAAUCUCCAAAGCUUGGUCGAAGAAAAAACACAGCUGCUUUAGACUCCUCCGAUUGUAACAGCAAUAGUGGCCUUCAAUUUGGUUGGCAAAGUUUGGAUGAGAAAGCAUCUCCAAGUAUCUCUGCCAAAGUAACUUCUCAUGUCCAUUUAAAAAAGCCCCAACGGAAAUCACUUCCCAAACUGGCUUCUCAGAAGACUAGCUUGCCCAGUACAACAAAUGAGGAAAAUACGCUUAAGGCAUCCGAUCAGCUAUCCGUAACUGCAUCUAAGGCAACUAUCGAGGGAAAGAUAGCCUCAGGCUCAUCUAAAGUGACAAACGAGGAAUUAUCUCCACUCCAACAACAGGAGGCAGUUUCUAGAGCUGAUUCAGGUGGAAGUCAGCCCAAAACUGAUCAAAGGCCAGUGAUCGAAGAGCAGGGACGACCGGAGUUGGUACAAUAGUGCCAUUGAGCUGAAGCACUAAGCAUGGCAGUGAUUUGAAGUGGAUGUUCAUGUUCAAAGCUCUCGACCUCGUUUUGUGUAAAUAAGGAUGUGUCUAAAGACUGAAUUUAUUUGAUGAAUCAAGGCAUGAAAAUUCUGUAGUAUGGG